AUGCCUCUUCUUCGCAGUUCCAGACGGCUGCGGAGCGAUUUCGGCGAGCUUCCGGCGGACUACGCGGACGAGUCGCACGACGAGGAGAUCCCGCAGGUCGACCUCGACGAGGUGGAACAUCGAGCUUGCGCGCGACAUCAUCCUGGAGCACGAGCGGCGCGCGGCAAACGGCACGCCGCGCCGGCUGGACGACCGUCCGCUGUGGAUGAAGGUUGUAGACUCCGUCACGAUCACGCUGUUCCCCAUCAUCUUCAUCCGCAUCGUCAAGAACCUGCUCAGCGUGUCCUCCUUCUCGAUCGACGUGGUGCAGGACACGUUCGACUACAUCGAGUACGUGCAGGGCGCAGAGCGUGCGCGCGAGAACAGCUCGCUGCUGAUGAAGUUCGGCCAGAUCCUGAUGGCGGAGUUCCCUGGGCUGAGCAACAACGUGAUCAUUGUGCUCACGCUGGCGGUGUUCUACGUCUACACGAUCGUGUUCUCGAUGUUCAUGGUGACGUCGUUUGCGUUUCUGAUCCUGUGUCUGACGUGGUCGCUGGGGAAAAGGUGGCAGGGCAUCGAGAAGCUGGUGAUGGGGAUAAUCGCGGACGGCGAGGGCUGUAUAUAGAAAAAAUAAUUCGCUAUUUUUUACUCAUUGUUUCCAUGGACAAAAGACCGUUCGACCAGCUAGACCCGGAGUCCACGCCGACGCCCAUGUCCGAGACGCCGUCCAAGCGGGCGACGCCGGACCCGGCGGGCACCACCGUCAGCGGCGGCUCGUCCAAGGUGCCGGCGCACGUUCUGCAGAAGAGACGAGAGGGCCGUUUGAGGGCGAUGGAGAAGCUGCAGAACCGGCUCGACGAGCUGGGCAUCAAGCGCGUGGACCAGGAGAACGCGCUCAAGUUCAGCUCCAUCCCGCUCAUCCAGGCCAUCAACCAGAAGAACUACUACACCGACUACCUCAAGAAGGACGACCAGGUCAUGAUGAUACGCGAGAUGCGGCAGCGGCUGCUGGAGGCGCGGCUCGCGAAGAAACAGGCCGAGCUCGAGCGCAAGCAGGAGUCGCAGAACAUGAUCAACAAGAUCAACACCCACGGCUUCGACUUCGACGACAACGAGGACGACGACGACGACGACGACAACGGCAAGAUGGGCUCGAGAAUCAUAGUUCUGCACCCGGGCUCCGCCAAUAUCCGGAUCGGUCUGUCCAGCGACGUCGACCCGCUCGUCGUCCCCAACAUGGUGGCCCACAGACGGCCUGCUCCCAAAGCAAGUGUGGACCCGCAGCGGCGCGAGGACGAGAACGGCGACAUGAGCAUUGCGGACGAGCACUUUGUCGCUGCGAAGCGCACCGUGACGUCCAAUUUCAAGGAGCGGAUGAAGUUCUACAAAAGACGCAUUCUGCCCAACUCCAACGAGCAGUGCUACAACUACAACAAGCGCGUGCAGCCAGAGACAAUUCCCGAGCUCGACGACGUGCACAAGCUGGACUACUUCGAGAAGGUGCGGGAGAAUUACGUGACGGGUGCCGACGUGCUGAAGAUCAAAGACCUCGAAAACUGGCAGGUCAGAAGCCCGUUCCUCAACGGCAGGUUCAACGACAAGGACGUCGCGUACCGGUCUGAGCAGGACCUGCUCGGCGACGUUAAGCUGAUUCUGACCGACGCGCUCAAGCGGUUCAACGUGUUCAACAGAAAGACCCUCAACACGUACAACUGCGUGCUGGUCAUCCCCAACCUGUACGACAAGGUGUACUGCGAGAAAAUGGUCGGCUUUCUGUUCAACCUCGGGUUCGGCCAGGUCGCCGUGUUCCAGGAGGGCCUGGCCGCGACGUUUGGGUCCGGCGUGAGCUCUGCGUGCGUCGUCGACAUCGGCGCCACGUCGACCAAGGUGUGCUGCAUCGAGGAAGGCUACAUUUUCCCGGACUCGGUGGUGGAACUGUCGUACGGCUCGAACGACAUCACGCGCGCGCUGAUCAAAAGCCUGAUUGGCCAGCAGUUCCCCUACAGAAACAUCAACCUGAACGAGCUCCGCGAUUGGACGCUGGCGACCCAGCUCAAGGAGAACAUUGUUACCUUCAACGACGCCAACGUGGCUGUGCAGAUCUUCAAGUUUGUGAACAGGCGGCCGGGCCAGCUGAGCGAGAAGUACGAGUUCAAGUCGUUCGACGACGUGAUGGUGACGCCGAUGGGGCUGUUCUACCCGGAGCUGUUCCUAGAGGCCGGCGAGGCGCGCGAGGAGAGCACGGUCCUCGGCAAGUGGUCGCCGAAUAAAAAGCUGACUGCGGGCCUGAUGGGCAGCCAAGUCGCGAAAAGCACGGCGCAGAAGAACGAAACGGAGCGGAAGCUCAUCUCCGAGAUGGACACCAAAGACCUGAUGGACCAGCUGGUGAGCAGUGCGGGAGAGGAAGCGGAAGCCGGCGACGGCGAGACGGACGACAAAGUGACGCAGACCAACGACUUCCGCGUGAACAUGACGCCGUUGGACAAGGCGAUCAUCGAGUCGAUCACGUACGCGGCCAGCGGCGACCAGCAGCGGCUCGAGAAGCUCUACCAGAACAUCCUCAUUGUUGGCGGCGGGUCCAAGAUCGAGGGUUUAGACACGAUUCUGGUGGACAGACUGCAUCUGAACCGUGCGCCGCUGCUCGCCUCCAGUAAACUGGCCGAAAUCACGAAGCAGGUGCAACAAUGGAAGGACAAAGAGAAAGCGUUGAGCGAGGAGCACGUUCAGGAGAUAAACAAUAAGGUUGCGUCCGGGGGUGUGACGACGAUCGAGAUCAUUGCGAACGACGAGAACCUGGACCCAUCGAUGCUCGUGUGGAAGGGCGCGUCUGUGUUUGCGCGGCUGAAGAUCGUGGAGGAGAUGUGGAUCGGCGAGAAGUACUGGGACAUUUUUGGCGGCCGCGCGCUGAGCUACACGACGCUGUUUAACUACUAG